AUGCCAAACGCCGCCAAAAGGAUGGCCAUCCUAUCGCCUUACAAAGCUAACGUUAAGGUUAUCGAAAAGCAGACGAAAAAUAUGGAGGGCUCCGGGCUGGAUAACAUGCCGCCGCCAUCCACCAUCGAUUCGAUCCACGGCCAAAAGGCCGAAUUCGUUACUAUCGUUUUCGGCACUUCGCGGUGGUUUGAUCCCGGGUUUACGACCGAUCCCAACAGCGCUCUUCUGCUUGUCGGUGACAUUACGAUCGCGCAGCCGGCCGGGGGCAACAAGCGCAAGCGUAAGCGCGAGGACAACGGCAAGCCGCAAAAGUCGGCUAACGGGUCCACCCUCACCAUUGGGCCAAAUGGUGAGGUCAUUUUCGUUAGAAUGGGCCCAAUCCUUAGCAUGAGUGAGUGGCUGGUCGAGCGUGGUCGUGUGGCUUCGGUUGAUUCCCAGUCCGAGCUGCGGAAAAAGGCGAAGAAGCAGGAGGAGGAGAAGCCAGCGGCAUCGUCCGCCAAAUAAUGCUUUUUUUUUGUGGCUUUUCGUCCGGGCCCUUUUUUUCUGUGCAAUUAUGCAGGAAUAGAAAGCGGGCAAGGUCAAGAUUGUGGAUUGAAUCCAUAUCAUUACGGGCUCGGGCUUUAUAUCACUCAACAAACAUGAUUUCCAACGCCCAACACGCUAUACUUGUGGCUGUCAACUGA